CAGAAUGGCAAGUUCCCAGGGCACCAGCCUCCAAAUGGCUAUGGACCAGGAGCAGAAACAGGUUUUAACGGUGGCCUCGAGCUACAGAAAAUUGGUGUUGGUAAUGGGAAUGGUGUCCUGGAAGCCAGGGUCUUCCCCGAGGCCCACCCACAGCCAGGUGUCUGGGAGCAGGGGUGGGGGUGGGAGAGUUGGGCUUAGAGCCCCAGCCUGGCCUCUGACACCCUCUUUCCUCCUCCAGGGUUCCCUGGGGCCAAAAGUUUUAGGAAUGGUGAGUCAGACCCAGGGGACAAAGUGCAGUGGGGUUGGGGAGACAACAGCCCAGGGGCUAGGCGGGAAUGACCAGAGUCUCUUGCAGGGGAUGGGGCAGAAGCUCUGGUGUACCCCAAAGCAGGAACUCCAGUCCCUGAAGGAAAUGGUAGGCAAUGAGCCUUCAGGGAGCAGAGCCAAGUCCAACAGGGGCCAGGGGAUCCCAGUUCCUGUGGGCAAGGGUGCCCAUGCCAGCUUUCCUCCCCACAGUGCAGGCCGGGGUGCUGUGGAACUCUCGCUGGGCCACCCUUCAGGUCUGGGGGGCUGGCUUGAAGCCUGGAUAUCAGGCUGGAGGUGAAUAUGCUGAGGC